UCCCGACCCCUCAGCUCAGCGUGUCCCCGCAGCAGCUGGGCUACGUCACUGGAGAAUCGAUCACCCUGACAUGCUCAGCCUCGGGGGCGCCCAGCGACUCCAUGAUCCGCUUCUACAAGGACGGCCAGACACUGCUCCCCGAGGAACUCUGCCUCCACCCGCACCAGGCCACCGCCUCCGUUCGGCUGUCGGCGCCGCCGCAAACCAGCACCUACACCUGUGGGUGCUGGAGAGUAGAGUCCGGGCGAGUGAUCGAAUCGGAGAGGAGCCGGCCCCUCUCCAUAGCAGGGACGGAUCCCCUUCCCCCGCCAGUGCUGAGCUUGGAUCCCACAUCUGGAGCGGUGGGUGAAGGGCUCCCCCUGGUCAUCACCUGCACGGCCCCCAGGGGUGGAGAUGAGGUGGCCCCCAGCAUCGCAGGCUCUGAGAUCGAUGUGGCGGAGCCCAGGAAUGUCUCUGUCAAUGUGACUGUGACCCGCGGUCCCAGCCACGUGAUUCAAUUCACCUGUGGGAAGAAGGAGAACGGGGGCUGGAGCCCGUCCCCCACGGGCCAGGCCGUGAACGUCACUGUGGAUGAUGCUAACACAGCCACAGCUGCAUCCCCUCUUUCCGUUAUCCUGCUGCCAGUCGUCGGCGGUGUCCUGCUUCUGCUCGGACUCCUGGCUGCCCUCCUGUGGUGGGGCUGGAGGAAGAAAAGAGUUGUAAAGCCUGCGGCGGGCCCUGAGCCAUCCGAGCCCAGAGAACACCCCAGGAACAGGGAUCCCAGGCGUCAGAAGAAGCGACCAGAAGCCGCACAGAUGGACCAGCAGGGCUCGGAAGUCGCCUACGCACACAUAGAGUUGUCUGCCUCAAACGCUCAUGCGACAAAGUCGAAAACCAGAGCCAGGCCUGCUGAUGAGGCGCGGGUGCUGUACAGCGAGGUGGCAACCAAACCCACCCACAAGGCACCCAAAUGAGGAGGGGAAGCCCUCUCUGUGUUCCUACACAUCCUCUUCCCCUGUGCCCAGGAUCUGUAUCCUUCCCCCUUUGUAUCCCUAUAGCCCUGGUAUGACCCAAGUCACUGCUGUCAGCCUGUUUAGCCAGCUGGUAUCCUGUGCAAUAUUAUAGAAAAACUGGGGAGCCCCUGGCCAUGACUGUCACUGUGUGGUGUGUGCAUGGGGCAUGUCGAAAGAAUUUUUCAGGUCUGCAUGUUGGAAAUGCGCAGUGAAGGCAGUUGCCAAACUAGCCAGCUCUACCCAAAGGAGUGGGGAUUCCUGUGCCUGCCUGGAUCAUACUAAUCAGAAGAUUGGAAACACAGGCAGGCCGGGUGCCACCCUUGCCCAGGCUGCAGGGAUGAGCUGAGGGCUCACAAGCUCACAGCUGGAGACUAGACCCGGUCAGUUCGAUGUUCCUCUUCCUCAGUGUCGGGAUUAGACACACAAGAAUGUCAGCAGUGUUUAGAAUGGAAAAAAAUGCGUGUGUGUUGCAAGCACAAUGAGAAUGGUCACUCCGCAUGUUAUCAGGUAAUAUUUACGUGCUUAUGCUGCCCUAUGCACCCCACACAAUCUGCAGAGAAGCAUGAGUAAGCAUGAAAGAAGAUCUUUCCACGGCAGGGGCUAUUUCCUGCCCAGCUAAACCCCCACGAUGUCAGACAAAACGUUGUAGAGCAUGAGAGCACAAAACACUUGGCUGUUGGCUCGCCAGACCCACGGACUGGAGACUUGCACGUGAAGUGGCCUCGUCCUCCAGUUCUCUGAGACAAGGGAAUAAAAAUCCCUGACAA